AACGCACUCUGUCGGCUGCAGCGGCCCCGACGCGGCGCUGCGCCACGCGCAGCAAGGGCGAGGGCAGUGCGCAGUGGCAGUGCGCAGGCAGUGUGCUCGCUGCGACCUGCUGCGUCAGUGGGGGGCUCUUUCACGUCGCCGCCAGUGUCACUGUUGCCGCGUUCGCCGCGCCACUCCACUCCGCUCCACUCCACGAUUCCAACAUGAAGUUCGCAGAGCAUCUUUCAGCUCACAUAACUCCAGAAUGGAGGAAGCAAUAUAUCAGCUACGAGGAAAUGAAGGCAAUGCUGUAUCGAGCUUAUGAAGAGCUACCAUCUGCAGAAUCAGUCGAACCAGAAGUACUAACACGGCAGCGGGCCAAUUUUGAUGACCACUUCUUCUUGUACUGUGAAGCAGAACUAAAGAAGAUAAAUACGUUUUAUUCUGAGAAGCUGGCCGAGGCCACGCGGAAGUUCGCGGCGCUUCAGAGCGAGCUGUCGGGGGGCCACGUGGGCAGCGUGCAUGCGGUGACUGUGCUGCCGCAGAAGAAGAUGCAGGAGCUGCGCCUGGCCUUCAGCGAGUUCUACUUGAGCCUCAUUCUUCUGCAAAACUAUCAGAAUUUGAAUUUCACUGGGUUCCGCAAAAUUCUCAAGAAACAUGAUAAGCUCCUAUCUGUUGAUGCAGGGGCUCGAUGGAGAGAAGAAAAUGUGGAGACGUCACCCAUUUAUACCAACAAAGACAUUGACCGCCUCAUUUCGGAAACAGAAAAUGUUGUGACCCAAGGACUAGAGGCGGGAAAUCGACAGAGAGCAAUGAAGCGGCUUCGGGUACCACCACUAGGGGAACAGCAAAGCCCAUGGACAACAUUUAAAGUUGGAUUGUUUUCUGGAUCAUUUAUUGUCCUCUUUUUAGCUGUUGUUCUGUCAGCAAUAUUCCAUGAAACACCAGAUGAUGGUGAUGAUGAAGAAGAAGAAGAAGGUCCUGGUAGCCUAAGACAAGCAUUCAGACUCUAUCGAGGACCAUUGCUUAUCAUAGAAUUCUUGUUUCUAAUGGGAAUUAAUGUUUAUGGUUGGCGGUCUUCAGGAGUAAAUCAUGUUCUCAUCUUUGAACUAGAUCCUCGCUCCCAUUUAUCAGAACAACAUUUAAUGGAACUUGCUGCCAUUUUUGGAGUUGUAUGGACUCUGUCUUUGCUUGCCUUCUUAUAUAGUGAAGCACUUGCCAUUCCACCGUAUGUUAAUCCACUGGCUUUGAAUGCAAUAAUGUUCUUAUUCUUAAUAAAUCCUUUUCAUGUGUUUCGUCAUGAAGCUCGCUUUUGGACUCUGAAAGUAUUGGCUCGUAUUCUAGCAGCUCCAUUUUUUCAUGUUGGUUUUGCUGAUUUCUGGCUUGCUGAUCAAUUGAACAGCCUUGUAUCUGCUUGCUUAGAUUAUCACUUUUUGAUUUGUUUCUACAUCACUAAUGGCAACUGGCUUUCCAUUGGAGAUACAAGCCAAUGUUUGGAACAAUCAUGGAUAACAAGGCCAAUUGUGAACUGUUUGCCAGCUUGGUUUCGUUUUGCACAAUGCUUGAGACGAUACAGAGAUUCAAAGGAAGCAUUCCCACAUCUUGUAAAUGCUGGAAAAUAUUCUACUACUUUUGUGGUGGUCAUAUUUGCAACCUUGAAAUCUUAUUAUAGUGAUGAGUACAAGAGCUCACUCUCGAAUCCAUAUUUUUAUUUAUGGCUCCUAGCACAGGUUGUGAAUUCAUGUUAUGCAUACACCUGGGAUAUAAAAAUGGAUUGGGGUUUAUUUGAUUCAAAUGCUGGAGAGAACACAUUUUUAAGAGAAGAAACGGUGUACACAUCUGCAAGUUUUUACUAUUUUGCUAUUGUGGAAGACUUUGUUUUGAGGUUUGCUUGGAUAUUUACUUUAAUUCUCACUGAAAUGAAACUAGUCAGUAGUGAUCUGAUGACUUCUAUUUUAUCUCCAUUGGAGGUUUUUAGGAGAUUUAUAUGGAACUUUUUUCGACUGGAAAAUGAGCAUUUAAACAAUUGUGGAAAAUUUCGUGCUGUGCGAGAUAUAUCGGUUGCACCGUUAGAUGCUUCAGAUCAAUCACAAAUAGUACGAAUGAUGGAUGAAGAAGAUGGUGUUAUAAACAGACAAAAAAAGAAAAUCCCAAUAUCUGUAGGUUCAGUUAAAAGCAAGAAAGAAGAUAAGAAAAUAUUUUUAUUGAAAACAACCAGUAAAGAACAUUUUGAUAUUGCAACUCCUGUGUGCAGCAAAUCUAACGAGAUGCAGUUGCCUAACGUCUUAAGCAGCACUUCUAUUACAGAAGGACGAUCGAUUCUGAAGAAGAGACAAAGGAAACCUCUCCAAGAAGUUGUCGACUUACAUUUAACUGCAGACACAAAACCUCAGACAAACACCAGAUCAAACAAUCGACGUGUGAGUUUUGCUGUAUCAGAAGUGAAAGAAUUUCGUCAGCCUGCUAAUGAAGGAACUCUCUGGGGAAGUUCAUACUUUGUUGAUAUCCAAAAAUCAUCAUCUGAAUCUGAAAACACUGAAUCAAGCGCAUCAGCUUUCCAAACAUCAUCAGGAAGUUGUGGAUCUGGAUUGAUCUAUUCACAGCAAGUCAUUGUACAAGAAACUGUAUCGGUAUCCUAUUCUGAUAUUGAUGAAUCUCAAGAAUUCAGAGAAGAUAAUUUAUCUGAUGUACAGUCAAAUCGGGUUUGUGAAUUGAUUGAUGUUGCAAAUCAAACAGAUGAAUCUGUUUUUCAAUUUUUAAAUAAUUUAAGAGACCCAACAAAAAAAAGUGAUGUUUGUAGAGAAGUUGUACCGACAUAUCUGCAGCAUGUCAAUAACGAAAGAAAAUUCAUGGAUCCUAGUGAAAUGUUGGGUGAAUUUUUGCAAUUGAAACCCAAUUUUCCCCAGACUAUCCCUUGUGAAACAUUUGAGAGACAGACUCCGACUACCCUUCCAUAUUCAUCGGUUUCCACAGAGGGAGAGUUCGAUAAAGAAAAUAGUAGUCUCCCAAUGAAUACAAAGAACAAAGAUCAUGCUUCUAUUUUCUCUGAACCAUCUGGAAUAUCUCAAAAACAUCCUCUUACUUUGUGUGAUGAUAGCUUUGAAAUUGCUAAGAAACAAGAGAUUGGAACCCAUUGCAAUGACAUCAAGCUUCUAGAUUGGUUGAGGGAAGGAAAAACGGCUGCAGUUAGGGAGAAACAGAAACCCAUUUGGAUAAAUAAUCAAUUAGGUAUUUCCAAUGAGUUGAAAAAUCUAAAACAUUCUCAUGAUCAUGUUGAAUACGAUAUGCAAGAUUGCCCUCAUAUUUCAAAGCAAUCAUUAAAAAAUGAACAUGAAGUUUUAAAUAACUCAAGUGGUGAUAUAAGUAUGUCAUUCACUUUAUCUAAUGCACCACUUCUGAACAUCUCGUGUACAAAUAAAGAUAGUACCACAGGUACGAGCUGCAAUAACUCAGAGUAUUCAGAAAUAGACCCAGAAACAAAAAACCUGAAUUUGGAGAAAAAACAAAUGCUCUCUGAUUACAAUAAUGGGCCUGUAGAAAAAGAAAGGUUGUCAAUAUCUCCAAAAGUCAGUGAGGCAUGUUUCAUUGAGAAAAAUAUGGCAUCUUCAUCAAGAGGAAAAGGGAUAGACAAUGAAGUAUCAAGUCAUAAAGACAAAUAUUCAGAUGUUUGUUUGAAACGAAUGUCACUGAAUGAAGUGGAGGGAGAAAAAAAUUCAUGCACCAAUAAUUCAAUUGCUUCAAACCAUAGUACUGGCUUUGAGAACGUUACCAGCAGCGUGUCACCAACAAUGGUAAAUGGAAGAAUUUUAGGAAACAUUCAACUUUCAAAUCAGUUUCCUAAUUGUGAAAAUGUUACAAGAAACAUGUCAUCGACUGUUCCUGAUGAAAUUGAUUUAAUUGGAGCGGCACCAGUCAGUAAUUUGGACAAUAUUAGUAGUGUGUCACUAACAAUGACUACAGGGAAAAUUUUAGAUAAUCAUUAUAUUUCAAGGCACGAGCCUGCUUUAGCAUUCAAAAGAAUUGGUUCACAAAUCAUAUCCAGUGAGAGAGAUUUCAAUAAUGUUGAAGAUGCAACUCAGAAUUUUAUUAAUAUUGGAAGUAAUUGUGAAAGUACUGUGUCACCAAUAACCACUGAAGACCCAAUUUUAUGUAACAGUCAAUCAUCAAGGCUGAGAGAUGUUAGUGGAAAUAAAUCACCUACCAUCCCUGUUAGGCAAAUUUUAUAUGAUGAUGCAAGUUUUUACUCGGGAUGUCCUAUUAAUGUAAGAAACAAAUUGCCAAGAAUAGUCGGAGAAAAAAUUGACACUAGAGUGUUACCAGCAGGGCAUUUUGAAAAAUGUUUGAAUGACAAUUUCACUGUUUCAAGUCAUGUUCCUUAUUUCCAGGAUACAAUUCCUAGAUAUUCAUGUCCCACAAAUCCUCAAGAAAGAGUUUUUAGUAAUGUGUCAUGUAAAAAUUAUAAUUGUUCUCUAGGAAAUCUUGAAGGAAGUGAAUUUUUAACAGAGUCUGGAGAAAGUAUUUCUGACAAAAAAGAAAUAUCACACCAUAUCUGUGAUUUCAGAAAUACUAGCAGACUUGUGUCACCAACAAUGCCUGCAGAAAGAAAUUUAGAUAAAAUUCAUAUAGCUGAUGAAAAGUCAGACUUAGUGAAUGAUAGCGGAAGUGUCUCUCCUACCAUGCCUAUGGGAAGAAUUAUUAGUGAAGGUCAGUCAAGUUCUCAUACUAACUGUAAAGGUAUCAUUGCAAUAAGUACUUCACCAGCAUUGCCUGCAGGAAGAAAUUUGGAUAAAAUUAAUAGAACAGAUGAAACUUCUGAGUGGGUAAAUGCGAGCAGUGUCUCUCCUACUGUGUCUAUGGGAAGAAUUAUUGGUGAAGGUCACUCAAAUCCAUAUACUAACUAUAAAGAUAUUAGUGCAGUAAGUGUGUCACCAACGUUGCCUGCAGGCAGAAUUUUGGAUAAAAUUAAUAGGACAGAUGAAACUUCUGAGUGGGUAAAUACGAGCAGAAGUGUCUCUCCUACUGUGCAUAUGGGAAGAAUUAUUGGUGAAGGUCAAUCAAGUCCAUUUACUAACUAUAAAGAUACCAGUGCAGUAAGUGUGUCACCAACAUUGCCUGCUGGAAGAAUUUUGGAUAAAAUCAAUAAGACCCACGAAUCUUCUGAGUUGUUAAAUGCCAGCAGAAGUGUAUCUCCUACCAUGUCUAUGGGAAGAAUUAUUGGUGAAGGUCAAUCAAGUCCACAUACUAACUGUAAAGACAUCAGUGGAAUAAGUGUGUCACUAACAUUGCCUGGAGGAAGAAUUUUAGACAAAUUUCAGACAACUCAUCAAAAUUCAGACUUCGUAAAUGCCAGCAGAAGUGUGUCUCCUACCAUGUCUAUUGGAAGAAUUAUUGGUCAAGGUCAGUCGAGUCAAAAUGCUGACAGUAAAGAUACCAGUGAAAUAAGUGCAUCACCUAUGUUGCAGGCUGGAAGAAUUUUAGGAAAAAUUAUUAAGACCAAUGAACCUUCAGACUUUGCAAAUGCCAGUAGAAGUGUGUCUCCUACCAUGCCUGUGGGAAGAAUUAUUGGUCAAGGUCAGACUGGUCAAAACACUGGCUGUAAAGAUAACAGUGAAGCAAGUGCGUCAACAUUGUGUGCUGGAAAAAUUGUAGAGAAAAUUCACGAAUCCAAUGAAGCAUCUGAUCUUGCUAACAUCAGCAGAGGUGGAUUUCCUCCCAUGCCAAUGGGAAGAAUUAUUGGUGAAAUGAAUACAAGUAAAAAUAGAGGCUUUGAGGUCACUCACAGGAGGAGUGUAUCACCCACAACACCCCUGGGAAGAGUUUUCCACAACAAUCAAAUAUCUUGUGAUAAUGUUGAGUUAGCAUGUAAAGUGGUGAAAGAAAACAUGGAUGAGCAAGGUGAUUUUUCAAAUUCUCCUUUACUGAAAUUGACUUCAGACAGAGAUUUAGAAAGCACUUCACCGUUACAAGAACAUAAUUCUGAUAAACUUUCAAAGAGUUCUAAUGAAAAUGUACCACCGAGCAUUUCCAAAGGGUAUAUAGCUAUGUGCGAUAAACACGUUUCAUUAACUGAAAGUCUGGAGAAAAUGUGUAUAGAUGAAAAGUAUGCGGUUGAAGAAUUUAUUGAAAAUGACAAGGAGUUUCCGCAUCAUAAUCCAAGAAAACAAGUAGAAAUUAAUUUUAAUGCCCAGGGAACUAGUACAAUUGUUGACACAAAUGUAUUUCAUAAAACUUGCAACAUAAAUAACUCAUUAGUAGCCACUGAUAGUAAUGUACUGAAAGAAACUCAAGAUGAUAGUGAUUGUAAGAAUGUGAAAAUUGGUUUUUACAAUUGUAAAACUAGAAUGGCUGAAACAGACAAUAAAAAUUUGGGUGAAUUUGUAAGAAUGGGGAAAGACACAGUUGAUAAAAUUGAGAAAACAUCAUUUAAUUUAAAUGAAGAGAAUACUGACCUUUCUGUAAUAAGAAUUAAUGAUAUUUCUACGGAUUUCUCAGAAAAUACAGGAAGUGUUAAUAAUCCUGCAGCUGUCAUUUGGAAAAGAAAUAGAGUUGAGACUGUGGAGCUGGAUAUUGAAAAGGACUUCAUUGAACAGAAGAAAGGAGGAAAUUCACUAUUUUUAACUACGGACUACAGAAAUUGUUCCAACAUAAAGUUGAAGGAAGUUCCAAAUAUUGAAGAAAAUUGUGAUGACAGUGAAAGGAUUAAUAUUAAUAUGAAUAGUGAUAGUAAAAUGAAUGUGGGUGAAUGCUUUGUUAAUAGCCAGAUUGUAUGUAAUAUGAAAAGUACAGAGAAAGAAAACGACACUCAUUAUUCAAAUUCUUCCACUAGUAGUAAAGUUGAAUGUGAGGGAAGCAACAAUGCGAGGUUCUGUGAAACAAAAAAUCCAGGAGGAUUGGUGAACAAUGGCAGUCAAACAAAUUGUAAAAAUACGAAUGUGAUUUGUAUUGAUGAUAAACGGGAUAAUGAAGAGGUAAUGCCAUGCAGUGAUGCUAGAGAUGAAGACUCUGAAGGGGUCGAGUCUGAUAUUGAAUUGAAUAUUGUUUCUUCACCCGUAAAAUUUCAUAUUUCUAAGGAUAAUUCUUUUUCCUCUGAAGCCAUAGAAGUUGAUAACACAUUCAGGAAUAAUGGAGAACUAAUAAGGAAUGUGAAAAGUGCCAAAGGUUUGGUUGUUUCUACUAAUGAAUGUACUGAUGAAAAAAAUGAUUCAUGUAAUGAAAAAACAAACAUUCAUAUUAAUAAGGAGGAAACUAAUGAGGAAAAUAAACAUUCUAAGAUUGUUGAAACGGUUUCAAAAAUUAAUAGACCUUCUAUAUGCAUUAGUGGCAUUGAUUAUAUUGAUUGGAAAUCUUCCUUAGAUGUGACAAAUGCAUUGAUGAAUAGCAAUAAUAAAAGCAGACCUGUCACAAUAUUUCCUGGAACUCAGAGUCCUCAUUUCCUGAUUCCAGAAUCCUCAAUUUCCAUAGUUAAAACAGGAGAUAACAAUUACAGCUCAGAAAUGGAAGGAAGUGUUUGCUCUGAAUCCAGUUUAAUUUCUCCAAGUAACCUCCAUAAUAAUGAAUUUGAUGGCGCCAAUGAUAUUUUGAUCAAAUCUUUUCGAAACCAAGGAAGAAAUGAUUUACUGAAAGAAAGAAGUACAAGUUCCUUUUCAUUCCACAAUGAAAAGUCAAAUAGAAUAAUUGAAACCCCUUGCAGAAUUGGAAUUGAAGUGAACUCUAAUAAGUUGAAAAUUCCCCAAUAUGUGCAACCUGUAUCCAAGUUAAUGAAUGUAGAUGAAAAGCCAACCACAAAUACAGUUGAAAUAGGCAUAUCAGUCUCUGAAAAUAAACCUCCAAUUUUAGGGGUAUCACCAGUGCAAUUAGAAGAUGAUAGAAGUGUAAAUUCCUCCACAGGCCAUCUAAGGUCAAUGCCAAGUGAUAUUUUACAGCCUCAAGACUUCAUUGAAAGAGUAUCCAGUUCUAAUUCACCAGGAACUUCUGCUCAAACUGACAUUGUAAUACAUGAUGAAAUGAUUAAAGGUGUUAAAAAGACUGUUGAGUUGCCUUCAAACACAAAUGAAGAGAAUAAAACAGAAAUGCAAGAAAUUCAUCCCCACACAUACUGUUCAAAAAGUACUGAUUCAGUAAUAUGUAUUGGUGCUAAAAAUGAUUUUGUAUUAAAUGAAAGCAAUACAAUUAAAGAAGACAUUAAAAUGAAUAUUGAAUUGCUCGCAGACAUUCAAGGAAAUAAAUUAGAAACGAAAGAAGUUCAUACUCAUACACCUUCAAAAAUGUUUGCUCCGAUAAUAUGUACCCAUGCUAAAAAUGACAUUGUAAUAAAUGAAAGCAAAUCGUUUAAAGGGGAUAUUGAAAAGAAAGUUGAAUUAUCCACAGGCGUUCAAGUGAAUGAAGCACAAAUUCACUCCUGUGUACCUUCAAAAAGUACUGCUCAGAUAAACUUUAGUGAUGCUGAAAGUGAAAUUGUAAUAAAUGAAAACAAAACUAUUAACGGGGAUGUUAAAAGGAACAUUGAAUUACCCACAGGCAUUCAAGUGAAUAAAAAAGAAAUGAAAGAAAUUCAUCCCCAUAAACCUUCCAAACGUUCUGCUCAAAUAAACAGUAAUGAUGAACAAUGGUCACCCCUUCAAAAGAAAACUAGAUUCUCUCCUCAGAUUGCACCAAACCUACCAACUCGAUUAUCCUAUUAUGAAUCCUUUUUCAGCAAGGAGAAUCAGACUCUCACUUCUACAUCAUUUAAAAGAAAUUACAGCUAUGCGUUUGGAUAUAAAAGUUCAACUAAUGAUUUAUCAUCUCAGGUGAUUCCACCCUUAAGUUUUGAGAGAUGGUUACAAGAACAAAGUAAAAAAUGUAAUUGGAAGGUUGAACAUAUUUCAUCGUCAAAAAUUAAUUUCUUUUUUUUGGAGAAGAAAGUAAAAGUUUAUGUUGAAAUUGAUCCUUCAAAUUUGAAUUUAUCAAAAAUUGAUGUCAAAUCUCAUCUUAAAGGAAAUAAUACUGCAAUAUUUUUGCAUAAUCUCUUUUUGAAGAGAUUGAAACUUGAUACUCUGAAAGUUCGUUUUCCUUCCAAAAAUGACAUUCCUGCUCUAAUUGACUUUAUUUCUACCGAAGAGGAAUUUAUUUUAGACUUUGCUCAAGAUUGGUUAGACCUGGAAAUUAGACAAGCCAUUCAAAUGAAGGAAAAUUUUUGUGAUGCUGAAAUUAAACGAUUAAUACGAGCUAUCCCUGGGGGACCUCACUUGCUAAAGGAUUAUGUCAGUCAUUUGCACAAUUACAUCCUUACAAAGGAGAAAUUUGAAGGAAAAGGAAGUUUCCUUGCAGAGUAAAUAAUUUUUUAGAUAAUUGUGAAUAUGUAUAAUAUGUGUUAAUAAGUAGAAUUGAUUUUGUGUAUUGUAAUGAGCCGUAAUUAUAACGGUUAAAUAUCAUAUUUGUAAGUGAUAUAUUUCAUUGACUUGUGUCCCUGAAUCCCAGCAAAUGCAAAAUGUUCACAAUACUACAGAAAACAUGUUGAAACUGCUCUAGAAGCUUUUUUUCCUCCCCUUCUUCUUCUAAAGGAUCUUAGAAUGAUUUUGAUAAACAUAUCAAUGAUUUGAAAACACAUUUAUGUUGUAAUGAGCUCUACAGAUAGAAACACCACGCCAGCAGGUGUGUUCACUGAUAAUCUCUGCAUUUUCCCUUGAUAUUUCUUUCUUUCUUCUCUCUCCCUCUUUCUUUCUCUCUCUCUCCCUCUCCCUUUCUCUUC